AUGAGAAUACCAAUCCCAGUGUCUGUUCUUCAGACAAUACCUCUAUCAGUGCUGCUGGGCCUGACAUCUCUCCUGCCCUACACGUCGGCCCAAUGGUUGUAUCCGCCAAACAUUCCAGAAGGCAAAUCGCUCUCGGAUUACACAUCGGGUGCAGACCCAAUAAUCAGCGACUAUUACGAGUAUGAUAUCAUCGUGGGCGGGUUCCGAACGCCCAAACCCAGCUUCACGAUCUCCCGGUGCGCCAAAAAGGGACGAACGGAGCCCAUCUACCCGUCAACCGUCACGUUCAAUUCCUCCGACGGACAUCUCGCUGCUGAUGGCACCUGGCAGUAUAUGGAUUCUCAUAGCAAUGGCCCAUGGUCAAACGAAUACCCAGCAGGCAAGCACCCAUGGAUCACCCCCGUGUGGCAUUUAGUUGACAACGAGACGACAGGGACUAUAUGUUGGUGGGAGUUGUAUAGUGUCAGUGAGGAAAAAAUACACUGCCAUCCGACACAGGGGCGGGAUUGCGAAUCGCCGUAUACGCGGGCUGUGACAGUGCUGGGGAAUGAUACGGAGAAUUACUUCGCAACGGUACCGUUUACCGUGCACGCGGGGUUGAGGGAAGGGGGCAGGAAUUAUACAUGGAAUAGUGGGGACCACACGGCGUCCAGAACAACAUUGGUUUUCUCAAAUAUGCCGACAGGGAACACGGCGGUGGGGUUGCGGGCUGCAUUUUCAUAUACGGGAGCGGGAGUCGAGGGCGCGUGGGCCGCUCCGAUGAAGACCAACAGUAUAUCUCUCAAAGCGGCAUACGCCAUACCACUACCACCGCCACCACGUAAGUUCCCAAUCCUCUGCACAGCUCCUCCGUCUAACACUCUAAUAGGUCCCCAUUUCCCAGAUGGCGCGGUAGUGGAAGAAGUUAUACAAACAGUCAAUCAUGGUAGCCAGAUUCGCAGAUUCACAGUCGUCCCGGCGAGUCCGAUUGGGCAUACUAUUUCGCAGUUACCUCGUCUGCGGCGGAUAAUAUGGCGGCGAAGAAAGCAUAACCACGAGUACAACGUGCGCCGAAUAUACAGGCCAUCCCAGCGCGAAGCGGUUCUUAUCCAGACACGGGGCCAAAGUGUGUACUCCUGCGAGGACAUGUGCACCAGGUGCCAAUCGGGAUGUGGGCCGUUCACAACAUGUGUAGUCGCCAAGGUGAGCGGAGAGGAAUCUCCCAGAUCAGGAGCCUGCGCAAAUUGCGUCUGGCGUAGUUUUCCCAGAGAAUGCUCCCACCGCCAAGCUAUGAAUGGAGAUACUGAAGGAACCGAUGAGGAAUGGCAAUAUGUAAGCGGCGACGAUGACGAAGAGGACGACGAAGGAGAAGAAGAAGAACCCUUUCUACCUAGGCCGUCGCGGUCGUCGCGUUCACGAGGCAUAACCUCAAGAACAAGGUCAUCCAAGCGAGAUUUGAAAAGGAACAGCCGCACCACAGGAGGCGAAACACCCAAGCCGAAACUGUUGACGACGCCGAGAGCAAAAAUACUACCCUGUCCUGCGGUCGUUAUUCCAUCUCCGUCGAAGAGAAAUACCGCCACCCCAGCAGGGCAGAAGUACUUCAAAAUCCCUCCGGGCUUGUCGCCAAACACAGCAGAAGAUAUCCACCGUGCCAUUGACGAGCUGAAUGUAGUCCGUGCAAAGCUAUUCUCCCGCCUUGAACUGCUAGAGGCUGUGCAGGCGGUCGACUGGGAGUAGGACCGCGGGCUGACCUUGGUGGUAUUCCUUUUCGUUAAACUCUCGAAUCCGAAAUCCGUAUAUAGAAGGGGGGGGGGCAUGUUAGACAAGUUAGACAAGAGAGCGAGUUGCUAGCCUAGCAGGAGAUUAAAUUCCAACGUGCUUCAGAAUUUACCGUACUUUAAUUUGAAAUCUCUCGCGAGCACAACCAGCCGAAUCAUACUGCAUAUAGGAAAUGGCAGUUUUGUCUCCAAAAUGUCUUACAGAUGGGUGUAAAGUAA